UGCCUGGAAACAGCGAAAAUGUUAACAGCCUCUGCUGACUAAGCGUUAUCAAAUAAAAAAAGUUGCAAAUGAAAAACAAACUAAAACAUGAAGCAGAUGUGAAUAGCCAGUGUUGAUAGGAUUAUCACCAGACUUACCUCAAUGAGUUAUCGUACACCCUACCUGUCUCCAAUCCAUGGUGCAACAACUGGACUAGGAACGAUGCCUGGUAAAACGAGUGGAACUGCACUAUACUCCUCAUCGUAUGGCAGUAGUAGUACACGUCUUGGAUCUGCUGGCAAGUAUAAUACCAUCACAGGCGCCCCGUCCAGUCACUAUACACCGUCCAGACGCCCUCUCCCUGCAGGACCCGGACCGCUCGAUUCUCGGGGAAGGAAGAUAAGUGAUACCUCCCUGAGGUCAAAUAGCAGUGCAACUCGUAAUGGACCUCUCAAGGCGGACCAUACAUUUGGGACUGACUCAAAGUAUACAGCAUCUAUAGGAACACUACCUAGAAGAUAUAACUUGUCUUCUAAUAACCAAGGGUCAGGGUCGUCUACAACGAAUGACAUUUCGUCACGACAUGUUCGCUCAAGAAGUGUUUCAAAUGUGCACAGGACAUCUGAAAACUCAGCUGAUAGGCUUUCUAACAAUUUAUCGAAUUUACAGUUGACUAGUCAUGAACGUGUUAAACCUUCUCCUAGAACUUUAGGUUACGAUGAUGCUGUUGGAACACGUGAUAGAGAAUCAAGAAGAGACACACACGACUAUGGGGAAAGCGGUCGUGCUGGUUCAAGAAGUAGUCGAAUGACAAACGGUUCUAUAUAUGGUACAGAUGAUUUCAAUUCAUCUCGAAAUCGGGAAAAUAUAAGUCGAGGUACUAGUUUGACUAGGGAUUUAGACAAUAGCCGGAGAAGAGACAGUAUUACCGACUCACAAGCAGUCCAGGGCUCAAAAUCUCUGUCGAGACAAAGUUCAAGUAGUUCAUUAUCAACAGGUUCAUCUCAUAAAUACACCUAUGCUGGACAAGUUGGGUUACGGAAUAUUGGCAAUACUUGUUUCAUGAACUCAAUCAUUCAGUGCCUGAGUAAUAUAAGUCCAUUGUUAGAAUAUUGUUUAAAGGAAGACUAUGUUAUGGAUAAAAAUAAAACAACUAGCAAGUUGAAAGGAGGACUUAUAGUGGCGUAUGUGAGCUUAAUGACAUCGUUUUGGAAGGAAAAGAGUACGACCUACGUGUCUCCGAAUUCCUUCAAGUCUCAGAUCCAGAAGUUUGCACCUCGGUUUACAGGCUACCAGCAGCAGGAUGCCCAGGAGUUUUUACGUUACCUGCUGGAGGGUCUGCACGAGGAUGUUAACCGCAUUACACAGAAACCUAAACACCAACAGAUUGAUGACGAGAAGUUCUCCAGUGAUUCAGAAAAGGCCCUGGAAUACUGGAACAACUAUCUCCGCUAUGACCAUAGUCGUGUUGUUGAGAUCUUUGUUGGUCAGUUGAAGAGUGAGCUGAAGUUUGACAACUGUGGACAUCGGUCUGUGACCUUUGACCCCUUCUGGGACCUCUCUUUGCCCGUCUCAAGGACACGUUCGGAGUGUGAUAUUCUGGACUGUUUGGGACUCUUCAUGAAGGAGGAAAGAUUGGAUGGUGAUGAGAGCCCGACCUGUACUAAAUGCAAGAAGAGAAGUUCUUGUACAAAGAGAUUUUCAAUACAGAAGUUCCCUCAGAUAUUAGUGCUUCAUUUAAAGAGGUUCAGCCAGGAGCGAUACAGUCGAAAGAUUACCACUCUGGUCAACUUCCCGAUUUCCAACCUCGACUUCUCGGAGUUUGCGGCCGAGAAAGGUCAACGUCCGGUAUACAACCUUUACGCGGUCAGUGAACACUCCGGAACCACAUAUGGCGGACAUUACACAGCCAAGUGUAAACACCCGUACUCCGGGGAAUGGCACAGCUUUAAUGAUACUCAUGUGAGUUCUUGCGGAGGAAACCAAGCCGUAUCGUCAGAGGCGUACGUGUUGUUUUUCGAGCUGGCAAACUCGAGUUCAUCUCGGCUCUAGGGCGACAGCACAACGUCCAGCUAGUCAACAUUUGCACAACUGUGAUAACUGUUAAGACGUUAUGAUGGCCCUUUGCUGCAAGGCGGCAUAAACAACUCAGUUCUUUGAUAGACAAAAUUAUGGAUACAAAAAUCAGAAUAAAAAAAGCAUUAUUGAUAAUGAAAAUAUUACUGGUCUGUUUUUUCGAAGAAAAAAUGCUGAAGAGCUGUUGUAGCCUUGGUGUUGUUGUUGCUGUCGAUGUCGUUGUGCAAAGAUUAUUUAAUUGGCCAUAAUGCCAUAAUCAUUCAAGAUAUUCAAAUGAAACUUGGUAUACACAUGUUUUCAGAGACUUGGUAUACACAUGUUUUCAGAGACUUGGUAUACACAUGUUUUCAGAGACUUGGUAUACACAUGUUGCCAGAGACUUGGUAUACACAUGUUUUCAGAGACUUGGUAUACACAUGUUUUCAGAGACUUGGUAUACACAUGUUUUCAGAGACUUGGUAUACACAUGUUUUCAGAGACAUCACAAACAUGUUCAGCAAAAGUCAACAACUCUGGUUUUAAUUAUUGUAGAGUUACUCCAUUUUUUGCGACUUCAGAGUUACAGAUGAGCGUUGAUGAGCACUUGUUUCAAACUGGUUUUGUUAUUUGUUGUAACGAGAAACAUCGAAAAUGGGAUUUUAAUACCUGAAAUAUGUUGGCCAGUUGUGUACAUGAACUUGUAUUUAUUUUCAUCGUUAUUCUACAAACAGAUAUUAAUGACCUGUUUCUGACUUAUAUCUUGGCUAGGUAUCAAGUAUUCGAAUGACAUGAGAUUCCAUUUGAACCUUGUUUGGUUAAAAAUCUAUCUUGGAUAAGGUCCAGUAGCCAAUUGCAUAAACUGGUUUAGUCUUUGGUUUGGUUAAAGUUUGCCAAAAUAUUUAUUGAUUGGUCAAUAUUUAUCCAAAAAUUAAUAUUAACCAAUGAAAUCAUUUUACAUGCACACUAACUGAAAUAUAACCUUUGGACAACUUAUCCAAGUUUUGUACAAUUUGCUGCAGUUCACCAGACCAAAUUCUGUCAAAAAAUAUUUUUUUGUUGCCAUAAGAAUGAUCAAGAUACGUUUAAAGGCCAAGAAGUCAUUAAAGAAACUGGUCAUUGGCGAUUUACAUGAUGUGGAAGCAUUAGUUAUCAUUUACAUUUAGUAUACACAUUUGACUUAUAAUUGUUUUACUGCUAUAACAGGUUUAUGAUAUUAGAAAUAUAUUAGGAUAAUUUGAAUUAUAAUACCUAGUAAAUUUUAUAAUACAAUACAUAAUUAUAGAAGCGAGUAUUUAUAAUUUUGAAAAUGGUUUUGCUUUUAAGUUUUUCUUAUAUUUGAUAGUAAUUAAGAUAGGGUAUCCUAAUAAGUAUGUAUACUACUAUGUUAUAGUAUUUUUUAAACAAAGUUUUCCCAUUGGAAUAUAAUGGGAGAUAAUUCCCAAUGUAAUUUUUAGCUUCUUAUCUAGAUUAUAAAGAUGAAUGUUUUGGGGUGGGGGCUGAGGGGGUAUAUAAAAAAACAUGAGGUAUGUUGAAACUUUGGCACCUCUUCCCUGAUUACAGUGCACUUCUCUACUUGACCGAUAUUUUGUCAAAUAAAAAACAUUGUGGCUGGAGGUUGGACAUGGUUUAGCGUGGAAGAGAGUCUUAAUAUUCCAUUUCUGGAAUGAAACAUUUUCACUCAUUAACAUGCUCUAUUUCUCACAAAUGAAUAACAUUGUAAUCAGGUAUACCAUUUUCAAAUCAUUUGUUUUGUUUUUUGUUAUUGCUUUUGGCAACGUUUGUUGUAUAAUAUAAAUAUACAUUAGUUUUAUACAUGUUCACUUUUUAGUACUGCACGCUUGUUGGGUUCUUUUGAUAAACAAUGAAAAUGUUGAUAAACAAUGAAAGAGUUACAUUAUGAACAAAAACAUGUGUUAGAAAUUGUUCUGUUAUAAUGCCAUUCCAAUGCCCAAAUAUCACUACUCCUGCAAGAUGCCAGGCAUUUCACGAUUUGACGAGUUAUGCAUGUAAUAUUUUAAUUCAAAACCUGGGGAAAAUAUCCAAGAACUAGAAUAAAGAUGGUACUAAAUUUACCCUCAAUACGUUACAUGUCGUCAAGUUAUUAAUGAUUGGCCUUUGUAUUAGUGGAGACUAGUGGCUUUUUAAGUACUUUAAGUUAAGGAGCUGAAUUGCUUAUUUUUCCAGGAAAAAAACUUAACUAUUGAUUGAAAGUUGUUAAUUUGAAUAAAAAAAUUGCAAUCAACAUUUUUUUUGCAAGUUACUCAUUUAAAAUAUUUAUGUUUUUAAAGAAUUUUUUUGUUGAAAAGGGAUUAUCUUUUAUAAAGUUCCAUACCUUAUCAUAUAACAGUACUGUCAUUCAAUGAUAUGAUUUGUUUUUAAUUGUUAUGAUUUUAGAUUGUGAUAUUUAUAAUGAUUGUGCAUAUUGUGAACUUAUUUAUUUGUAUAAACGAUUGUUAAGGCAUGUGUUAUUUGUAUAGCGUUUUUAUUAUUCAAAGGACAGUUAAUUGUUGGAAAAUUCAAGGUUAUGAAAAAUAUUGAUGUGAUAUUAUCAUUUACAAUUUACUUUUUCCUCUGUUAUUUUUAUGCCACUUUUUCCGUCAUUAUUUAUUUGUCUCAGCAAUGUCUAAGGCAAUUUAGAUUCAAACCUACAUUUUCAGCCAAUGAAAUCGUCAAUAAGCGUUAAAUAAGUAUCAAGGUUUAAAUCAUAGACCAGAAGUCAUAAUUUGGUUCCCAUCUUGCUGAAAACAUGUUAUAAUCUACGUUAGAACAUAUUAAGUAAAAUCUUAGCGAGUAAGAACAUUGCUUGCUCCACCCACCUUUCUCAUUUACAUUUCACCUAAUAUGUUCUGAAUAGGAUUUGUGGGACAUUCUGAAUUCAAAGUUUAAAACUGUAGGAUUAUAUGAGCUGUCUCCAUUUUAUUUUUUACAAAAGUUAAAGGAACUCACCUAGAUUUUUCAACUUUAUUAUAUAUUAUAUAUUGAGCUAGAUUGUUCAAUUUUAUUAUAUAUUAUAUAUUGAGCUUGUUUAGAGUAUUUUUGUCUCCCUGUUUAUCUAGUACAGCUGAAACAACGCACACAUAUUUGUUUAUACAAUUUAGGUACACAUACACUUAUUAUUUGAGAUAGACAAGAGUAUAUUUAGAAGAGUACUCGUGAUUUUAGUGUCUCGUAUAUUAACACUAUUAUACAACAUAUGUAUUUACACUUACACAAUAAUUUUUCAUGCAUGCAUCCUUGUAUGGAAUACAAUAAUUAUAUACAUUUGCAUACAUUUGCCAUAGUUAAGGGCUAUAAUUUGCCAGUUCCAUGGCGACAGUUUUAACGUUUUUUACCAUAUAGCAGGUACUGUUUAUAUUUACCCAUGUUUAGGGCUUAUUGUUUACCCUUUAGUCCACUGUUUUUAAAUUUCAUGUUUUACCUGGUUUUCUCCCAAAAAUGUUUGGUAGGAUGAGGAAAUAUAAAUAGAAGAAAAAAAAGAGAACUAAUAUACUAGAAAAAAAAUCACAUUAUCCACCUCAUUUCGAAUGUAACACAACCAUUCCAUAUUUUCAUUGUAAUAACACAAGUGUAAUAUACUUUAAUAGACAUUGACGAUUUUCGCCGUACUAAUUUAGCGUCAAACUUAUCUGAAAAAAAAACAACUAAAAUUUUCAUUUUUUGGGAAAAAUGUGUCGUCAUAUUAAAAAAAAUCAUAUUUUUAAUUUAAUACAAAAUUGAAUAUAACCGUAAACAGAAAACUGAUGAAGCCUGCUAAAGGCUGACUAUAACAUUUCCUAAACUCGUUUCAUAAAUGUUUGUAUUAAAUAGCAACUCAUGUAAAAUCCUAUAUAUUUAAUCAAGUUUAUUGUCAAUCCCAAAUGCAAGAGUUGUGUCAAAAUCACCAUAUGUUUUAGGAAAACAUAGGCCUCAAGUUCAGUACUAAAAAGGAUAACUGGCUAAAAGUAAAUAGAUGCUGGAUUUGAGAGUGGGAUUUCCAAUAUUAUUAAAAAAAUGUAUAUAUUUUUCUUUCCUUCUAUUGUGCCAAGACAUAGUCAGAAAAUCAGUGGAACAAAAAAUCUACGAACAGUGGCAUAGCAUGCACCUCAGAGUUUACCAUUGCUAUUUGUUUGCCUGCUGUGUACAACAAUGUUUGUUAUCACAGACACAUAAUCAUGAUAAUACAUCAGGCAUGAUUGUU